CACAGAACAAUACGAGUAUGGUUGAAGAGAGACAGUGGACAAUACUGGCCCAGCAUUUAUCACACCAUGUCAUCACCAUGUUCAGCUAUGGCUUAUCAUCAUGACAGCAGACGAAUAUUUGUAGGCCAGGAUAAUGGGGCUAUCAUGGAGUUUCAUAUUUCAGAGGACUUUAAUAAGAUGAACUUUGUGAAGACCUAUCCAGCUCAUCAGAAUCGAGUGUCUGCUAUUACUUUCUGCUUGACAUCAGAGUGGGUUAUCAGCACUGGUCAUGACAAGUGUAUCAGCUGGAUGUGUACCAGGAGCGGGAGUAUGCUGGGGAGACAUUAUUUCACCUCUUGGGCUUCAUGUCUACAAUAUGACCAUGAAACUCGGCACGCGUUUGUUGGUGAUUAUUCUGGGCAGAUCACUCUCCUGAAGCUUGAGCAGAAUACAUGCUCAGUUAUCACAACACUCAAAGGCCAUGAAGGAAGUAUUACUUCCCUGUGGUGGGAUCCUGUUCAACGACUGCUCUUCUCAGGUGCCUCUGAUCACAGCAUUAUCAUGUGGGAUAUUGGUGGAAGGAAGGGGCGAACACUGCUGCUCCAGGGACAUCAUGACAAGGUGCAGGCUAUCUGUUACAUCCAGCUGACACGGCAGCUGGUAUCUUGUUCAGCUGAUGGGGGAAUUGCUGUUUGGAACAUGGAUAUCAGCCGUGAAGAGGCUCCUCAAUGGCUAGAAAGUGAUUCCUGUCAGAAGUGUGAACAACCUUUCUUCUGGAAUAUAAAGCAAAUGUGGGACACAAAGACGUUAGGGUUGAGACAGCAUCAUUGCAGAAAAUGUGGGCAAGCGGUGUGUGGCAAGUGCAGUACCAAGCGGUCAAGUUACCCAAUCAUGGGAUUUGAGUUCCAGGUCCGUGUCUGUGAUUCCUGUUUUGAGUCAAUCAAGGAUGAAGACCGUACUUCCUUGGCAACCUUUCAUGAAGGAAAACACAACAUUUCACACAUGUCCAUGGACAUCUCCAGAGGGCUAAUGGUGACUUGUGGGAGUGACCGGAUUGUGAAGAUCUGGGACAUGACGCCAGUAGUUGGUUGCAGCCUUGCAACUGGCUUCUCUUCACGCUGAUCUCAUACCUGACAGGUUUAUGCACCUUAUGUACAGCAAUAUGCACCGAAUGAAUGGAAUCCUUCUUAAGAAUACUACCGCAAACACUGGUUCCUUGAUUCUUCUCCUGCUGCUGUUCCAGGAUGGACAGUCACCUUUGUAGAGCACGGCUUUUCUGUUGGGCUCACCAGGAAUCUCCUCGGUGCGGAAGUGCAGUUUCACAGCUCUUGGACUAACGUAAAAUGGCUUACCUGCAAUAUGACACCUUGAUGAAAGGACCUGUUGUUUCUCGGUUUACAUAUGUAGUGUUAACAAUGUGCUAUCUCUGCUGAUAUAUCUUGUACAGAUACCUUGUAGCUAAAACAUUAUUGGAGUAAAAUGAGUGUAGUAAAUUCAACUUGUGCAAAUAGUAAAAUAACUUACUAUCUCUUCCAAAAAGCAGUUCUGUAGAAAUACUUUUGAGCAGUCACUGUCUAAACUGCCUCCAAAAGGUAUGUUGGUUAUUCCUAUGGAAGGAGGAGAUACUUCAAAGUGGCAGGUAGCUUCUUUAAGAUGAGAUAGUAAGAGAACCUUUUAUCACACAAGAUUUCCUUUAUUGGCUUUCUUGUGGUGUUUGUCUUCAAGUUCAGUUAACAGUGGAAUCACUUUCUUGGGACAACUGUUGUGUUUAGGUAGCUGGUGAGUCUUCAAACAAUUCUAGGCUCUUUAGUGUUUUAGCACAGCUAAUAAACUUCUGUAGUUCUUACGAAAACGUGCAGCCCAGCUACUCUACUUUAAAGACAGGCCAUAGGUAUGAGCCAUAUACUUUGACAACUCUGUAAUGCUGUUGGAAUGGGAAGCUAAGCAAAUCUGCCCUGUUAAAUGUAAUGGCUAAGAAAAAAUGGCCAGCUAAAUUUUAGAGACUUUUUUCCUGUGGAAAGGCUGAUGUUUCUUUAAUGGUAGGGAACCUGUCUCUGCUGAAGUGAGCAAUAAUUACUGAGGUACAGAACAGCUGUUCUUUUCCCUGCACCUAGGUCCGUUAAUUCUGAAAUAUCUAUAUUGAUCCUUUCCUGUUACAAAACUGAGAACUAUGAAGAAGAGCUGGGAGGCUUUUAUGACUGUGCAGUUGGCAUGUACAUGAAAUAACUAGUGAGAUAUUGUUAAUAAAUUGGUCUGUCAGUUGUGUGAAUUUCCUACAUUUGAACAGUGUAAAGGAGAACUUAUUUCGAAACUUCAAAAGUAAGGUGAUAUGUCACAGAGUUUAAGCUUGGAGCUAAGAUUUUUCUGAAAACAGAAGCAUGUGUGGUGAGGGCAAAAAAAUGUGGCUAGGUCAGCUGGCCUGGUGGUGUUGCACAACUGUCAAAAGUUCUUUCUGGCAGAGGACUUAAGGGUUGGCCUGUCUUUAUUUACAGCAACAAUCAAGUGGUGCUAUGAGUGUUAGUGAAUUCAAGUCCUAGGUGUGUAACUUGACACUAAUAAUCUGCACUGGACCAUGCUGUAGGCUGAAAUAGAUGAAGAUCAUGGUAUCAUUAAUAUGUCAUGAUUCACUUUCAUUUUAAGCCAAAAAGCUGAUAGUCUCCAAAGGACAUUAGAAUCCAGAAUAUGUUAGUUACUGUUACUUUGGAUCUGGUUUUGUCUACCUUACCAUGGGCCUUUUCUGGAAGUUUUGCAAAGUGUCUUUCAAGUUGCUAGGCUUAUUGGGCCACUGAAGAAUAAACAAAGCCUUCUUUUGUGGGAAUCCCCAAACUUGUCUUGCCUUCAGUUUGGGAUUUAGCACUUGUCACACUGGUUGCAUUUGUCCCUUGCUACAUGCUGUAUAGCUUACGUUUUUGUGAAGGCUUAUUUAUAAGCUAUUGAGAGAACAUCAGCUUGUACUAGAAAAAAGUUGCAGCUUUCUUCUCUGAAGGCCUUCACCCUUGUGAAUUAGGAAGGAAACUGAGUUGUUGGAGGUGUGAAUAAGCCCUGAUAAUGCUCUGCAUUUACUUUCAGACUUCUUCCAGAGCCAGAUAGGAAGAGAGUGGAAGCUUUCUCCUUUGUGCAUGUAAGGCAGAACAUGAGUUUCACAGCUAGAACUGUUCAAGAUCCGACUGUGGUAGGGUCAUGAGUUAAGAUGGGAGAUUGAUGUAGAUGUAGGAUGAAUAGCAUAUUUUUCAAACCAGAUGUUCUGAAACUUACACCAAUACUGAUAUGUAACUCCUUUGCAGCUAGCACUCCUGAGCUUCAUCUUUUUUUUAGUUCUGAUUAGUCAGUGUGCCCCCUGCUCAGCAUGCAGCUUCCCCCUUCCCUGUGACUAUUUCCUCUGCUUCUUUACAUUACGGUUUUGCCACUAUAUAAUAUAUUCUCUACUACAUAUUGUUAAACCUAAGGAAUCUAUUUUCUAUAAUUGAUAUACUUAAAGAUAGUGUCAGUUCAGAUAUAACAAGAUAAUUAUGGCUGCUAAAUCAUUAGUCAUUUAAAUAUACUCUUGGUGUUGAAUGAGUAAUGCUUACAAACCACUAAAGAGAUAGUGCUUUGUUCAUAAACAACUAUUUUGAAGGCACAUACUCUCUCAUGAAAAUGAACAUACUUCAACUAUGUCAGCUCCAGUGUGCAGUUACUGAGAAGGCUUGAUUUGAAGCAUUACUAAUCUUGCUUGUAUAACCUCCUUCAUUGGGGCAGGGAAGGGGAGAAAAGGGUACUAAUAUGUGCUAAUUCUUUACUAGUUGUAUUUCUGUACCCUGCAUAGUUAAGAGAUGGUAGAUAAAUCUGUCCCUUGCUCCUUCUUGUCUGUUUUUUAAACUUUGAUUACAUGUACAAUAAAAUAUUUCUUGAUAUUCA